AUGGAUAGAUCUUCCCGCUCUCGCAGAUCCAGGGGCAAGUCGCCGUCUCGCACCCUGGGUCGUUCAGUGUCCAUCCUGUCCAACCUUUCUGAAAUGCCCGAGUCCGUCGUUUUCGGUACUCGCUGGCAUCUCGAUGAACGCGCAACCAGGCACGGCUUCUCGUCUCGACACAUUGACGACGACUGGUUUGACGAGCCGUCCGACGAUUUCGGGGCCUCUGCCAGGUCCUCGCCCAAAUCGUCGACCGUCGGCGGAAGCAGAGCGUCCGGGUCUGACGAGAGCGAGCGGCCUCCGCGGCGACGAUCCAUUACUGAUUCAACAGGAGCCGACGCAGAUACAGGGGCUGGAUCUAGCUCUUCCGCAUCGACUGGCAGCCGUCCCAUUGCCAUCCCCCGAUCGAGACAAAACAGCGCUGCAUCUGCCAGCACGCUUCCAGAGGCUCUGUCCGCCAGGGGCGAAAGACAAGGUGGUUACUUUCCCCUUCACGAAGACCCCAAGACUCGCGUGCGCCACACGCACCCCUUUUAUCGUGAGAUGAAGAGUUACGACAUGGAUCACUCAGUCGAGGAGGUGGACACCGGCGCUGAUGCCGACGUCGAUAUGCCCAAGCCCCGGUCCCAGUACCACCUGUCAAACUCCACGAGGGACAGCGAUGCUUACUGGAUCCCGAGCGAUGAUGAUGAAGACAGCGAGCCCUUUCGCUCCGCCUCCAUGGGCAAGUAUUAUCCCGGGGUCUACGAACGGCGGCAGGCCCAGAAACGGAGCGGCCGGCCCGUUGAUCCCAUACCAAGCAGCAGCAGGACUACCGCCACCCAGUCCAGGACUCCAAGGACCCCGAAAUACCGGCCAAGGCCCAGGACUCCCGUCAUUGUUCCACGGUCAACAGCGACAACGGAGCCUAUUCCACCACUGAAGCUGUCCGCUGUGGAAUAG